AUGAAGAUGGCACGCUUCUUCUCAUCGGGCAAGCGCAAAAAGGCCAAGCCGCCGCCGAAGAAGGCGCGGCCGAAGGUCGCGACAGUCUUUGACUGCCCGUUCUGCGGCAACAGCGAGUCGUGCAGCGUCAAGAUGGACUACGAGCACUCGCAGGGCAUAAUCAGCUGCGAUCAGUGCGGGACCAGUCACGAGUCGCGCAUCACGCGUCUCUCUGAGGCGAUCGACGUGUACGCAGAGUGGAUAGACAUGUGCGAGGAUGUCAAUACGAACGGCGGCGCGCGGGUGGCGGCGCGCGAGGCGGAGGAGGACCUGGAGGACGACUUUUGAGAGAUGUCGAGGCGGCGGGCCUCAUCCAUCUUGGUGCUGGCGAGCUGCUAGGACCCAACUCGACGCGGGCUCGAGCACGCGGCUGGCGGCGCGAGGCGUUGCACGCCGGCGAUAGUUUGUGCUUCUCGGCUUUCCUGUGCGCCGGCGGGUCGGUGAGGAAAGGUAGGGAGGGGGAGGUGUCCGCACCGCCGCCGACCACAUCCUAAUAGCCGGUCACCCCCGCGCCAAAAACGCUAAACCGGUGGCCGGUGGGUCUCUUCUCGGCAAUGCGGUGGAAUGUGUCGCGCCCGGCGCGCGCGCGCAGCUUUUUCAUUUUCUUUCUUGAGACUGGCAUUGAAGAUC